CGGGCCGUAGGUUUUGGGGCGCGGAAUUCAUUAGCGCCUCGCGUUGGGUUUCGUCGAAAUUAAGGUAAAUGCGAAACUGGAGGGAGAAUACGAAAAAAUAUAAAAGAGAAUGAGGGUGGUUGGAUGGUUGGUCGGGGUAAUGAAAGGAACAGUGGGGUUUGUAAUCGUGUUGGUACGCUUAGGACAUAGGUUCUUUUUUGUAGACUUCAAAGUUUCAACAUCAUCUAUUAAUGUUACUAACAACAGGAAGAUACGAAGUAAUUCAUGAAAGAAUAUGCACUCUAAUUGCCCUACGGAGGAGCAAGACACAGAAAUUAAAAGGAAUUUUUACUCACACCUGGCUUCAGCCUAAUAAUGGGCGACAUGAACUCUCUGCACAAGGAGAUUUUGCAAACAGUAAAUUAAUGAAAGAGAAACAAGAAGAAAGUAGAGACGUUCUGACAGAUAGAAGGGCAGCAUGCAGCAGAAUAAGUAACUACAAUGACCAGAAAUACAGAAGAGUUUCCAAAAGGAAAUUAUUAGAAUACUGAUAGUAUUCUAAGGUUGGAUUUUGUUUCGACUUGGCUACUUUUACAUUUCCUAUUCUGCACAGGGUGUGUCAAAUUCAUUAUUACUAGGCUAUCUCCGAAACUAAAAGAGAUAGAAAAAAGAGCCAUAAAAUCGUUUUUUUGUUUUGACCCUAUCGGCAAAAACUGAAAAAUUUAAACAGUGAUUAAGCUGAGGUUUAAGCUGACCCCACGACUUAUUAUUUUAUGUGUAUUUUCUAAACUAUUAAUGCCCGUUUGCACCGCAAUAGUUAAGCGUCGCUUUACGCUAAGCUUUCCUUAAAUUUUGAAAUCGGUUUGCACCGUUGUUUAAGCUACGCUUAUUCUCAGCUUAAUUUAAGCGUUCAAUGUUCGGAGUUUACCGGUUAAGCGUAGCUUUAAAUUACGUGAAAAAAUUUAUUUGUCAUUGUGUGACGUGAAAAUUGUGAAAACAUGGAUAUUUUUGACGACGAUGAAGAUAUGUUUGGAAAUGAUGCAGAAAUAUUAGAGAUUGUUGAUUAUGGAUUUCCUAAACGGAUAUAUCUACGGCGCAAUCAUUUUGAAGAUUUGGAUAACCUUACAUUUUUUCAACGAUUUCGUUUAACAAAGAAUACUGUUUUAAACAUUUUACCACUAAUUGAAGAAAAGCUUGAAUAUCCUACAGACAUAAAUAACAGCUUAAGCCCUAUGGACCAAUUAUUAACAUGUCUACGUUUUUAUGCUACAGGUGGACAUUUGUCAACCAUAUCAGAUUUUAUGGGGACUCAUGUUUCUACAUCAUCAAGAAUUAUUAAAAAUGUUUCAAUUGCAUUAGCUAGUCUAUCUCAUGCUUACAUAAAAAUGCCAACAGAAAAUAAUAUUCAAAAAAUACAAAGAGAUUUUUAUAAUAUUGCAUUAUUUCCAAGUAUUGUAGGAUGCAUUGAUGGCACCCACAUAAAGAUACAAUCUCCAGGAGGAGAAGAUGGUGAGAUAUUCAGAAACAGGAAAG